CUAAUACUGUCAUUUAAACUUUUACAGAUUUUAUAGCCAAAUUUGUUUCUGUUGUAAGAUGAAAAUGAUUCUAAAAUUUUAUUUUAGUAUUUUAAUUUUAUGGACUUUGAAAUAUGUUUUAACGCAUUAUCAUAAUUAUGCUGAUUUCAACUUAUAUUUAGUUGAAGUAGUAAAACACAUUAUAUAUCAUAACCAACUACAGGAGAAAAUAACUUCAUGGCAUGAUGUAAAUACGACAGACGAAUUUAAAAUAUUGUUAAGCACAUCAUUAAAUAAAAAUCACAUAGACUUUAUUCUUUCGCCUGAAAUUGUCAGCUCCAUAAUUAUUUCAAUGAACUGUAGAUAUGCGAAAUUAUUGAAAUUAUAUGACCGCUAUAUAAUGACGAUGAUAAGUGAAUGUGAAAAUUAUUACAAUAUUAAAUUAUUUGACAAAUUUAUUGAAUGCACAAAAUUAAUUCAAGAUGUUGUUUGUAACUCAAGUGGUAUGUUUAAAAAUUUGUAUGAUAUUUUGACAUUUCUCAUAAACUUGGAUGUAAAAUUUAUAUUCCAUGAAUAUGUAGCUCCAAUUACUAUAAUCAAUGAGAUUCAUACUGUUUAUACAUACACUUCAUCAAAAAAAAAAUCAUGUAUGUUUACUUACAUAACAUCCAGUGGUGAUUUUGACACAGAUGAUGCUUGCAAGGAUAUUUUAAAUAUCAAACAUUUCCAAGCUAAAGUAUCUGAUAUGCUUCAUAAUCAUCAAUUUUUAGAUACAGCUAGCAAUUUGACUAGUGAUUUUGUUGAUAAAUAUUUAAUAGAAAAAUCUAAAGGGAAAUACGUACUUCAGAAAGAAAAAGACAAAAGUUAUAUUCAAUUUAUAUAUGACGAUCUCAUAAUAUUUUAUAAUGAAGUUAUUGCGAAUGAUAAUUGUAACCUUGGAUUUCAAGAAUUAUUAAAUCCAACUAUACCUGGACUUGUACCACCAAUGAUACUUAAAAAUACAGAACAGAGGAUUGCUACACUAAAAACAUUAUUUUCAAAACGUCAUUUUAAGGAGCCCUUUAAGAAUAUUAAGAUUGUUAUAGAUCAUAGUGAAAAAUUAGACGCGAGCUACUUACUUCAAACUGUAGUGAAUUCUGAAAACUUGUAUCAUAAAGAAAAAUAUUUUGUACAAUUAUUGAGGUGUAGGUAUGCCGAAAUACUUAAAAAAUAUGUAUAUUUAGUGGACAGUAUAAUCAACUUUUGUAGAAUUGAAGAAAUAAAAGGCAAUAUACACAAAUAUAAGGAAAGGUUUGUAGAAUGCGUUAACCAACUGCGCAAUUCAAUAUCAUUGUCUGUUAAUAUGCUAGAAUCCUUAUUAUCUGCUAUGGCAAUACUAAAAAAAUUAUAUAUUUGGGAGUAUGUCAAAAAUGUUCAUAAUUGCUUACAUAUACCAGCAACUAUUAUAACUGAAUUAUUUUAUGAUUUGAAAGCUCUAAAUAUUGGUCCAUAUGUUGAUACAAAAACGAUUAAUGAAAUACAAGCAACAGCAUAUCUUGACCAAUUAUCUAAGUUCCACAAGAAAUUAAAAAAAGGUUUGCGUAGUGAAUUGGGUAGUCGCGUGAGAUUUCGUUGUGAAUUUCUAGACAACUACACAGAUACUCUAAAAAUUAAAAAACUAUGUGAUAUGAAUUUGUCAAACAAGCAUAAUGGUCCAGUUUAUGAAUUGUUUUGCUCACAUAUAAAUAUAUUUUGUAACGAAAUUAUUGAUACUGAUUACAAAAAUCUAGGCUUUAAAGAUUUAAUAUAAAUUUUUUGAA